CACUCACCUCACCCACCCCACCCCUUACAUGGCUCUCAACACGACCAUCAACCUCCCCUCCGUCUCUGCCCUCCUCCUCCCUCGCCCUCACCCCUCGCCCUCCCCCCCCCAGGUCCGUUCCGUGUGAACCGCGUCCCCCUACGCCGUGCCCAUCAGAAGUUUGUGAUCGCCACGAGCACCCGCGUGGACUUGUCCUCGCUGGCGCUGCCUCGCCACCUCACGGACGCCUACUUCAAGAAGAAGCGCCUGCACAGGCCCAAGCAUCAGGAGGGCGAGAUCUUCGACACGAAGAAGGAGAAGUACGAGCUGUCGGAGCAGCGCAAGCAGGACCAGAAGCUGGUGGACGGCCUCCUGCUGCCCCAGCUGAAGGCGGUGCCGCAGCUGCGCGGGUACCUGAGGGCCCGUUUCUCCCUCGGCUCGGGCGUCUACCCCCACAAGCUCGUCUUCUGAGUGUGUGGCAGGGCGCCUUGCCCCCCCCCCCCCUCCGGCUAGCGUGAGGGGGGGCGUCUGGCUAACCACGGUGGGGGGGGGGUCUACUCUGGCUUAGCCUGGGGGGGGGGGUGGGUGGGGGGGGCGGCUCUCUCGUUAGCCUGGGGAUUUCGUCUUGGAAAUAAAGGCACAAAUGCAAGG